AUGGUGGCGGUUCGAGGCGCCUUCCGCCAGCUGGCGGAGCCGCUGCAAUGGUCGCUUCGUGGGUCGGCGUUCUUUGUCCCGACGCGCGUUCAGGAGGAGGGCAUUCCGCGCCUGCUGAAGGGGGAGAGUCUCUUCGUAUCCUCCCCUUCAGGCACAGGCAAGACCCUCGCCUACCUCCUCCCCAUCCUCCACCUCCUCCACCUCCCCACCCUCUCCUCCUCCCUCUUCUCUCCUCCCCACAUCCCCUCCUCUCGCCUGCGCCAACUCCACAAACGCCCCCAAGAAGGGAAACGCUCAGCAGCAGCCAAUCGCAGCGCGCCAGCUGGCAGUGGUGCCGCUGCCGCCACCGCUGCCGUUGCUGCCAGUGGCCCGUUUUGUCUUGUUCUGACGCCCACGUUGGAGCUGGCCAAUCAGGUGGCGGAGGAGGUUCGGCGAUUCACUCGCUUCGUGCCGGAGCUGACGGUUGAUGUGGUGACGGCUGCUGCAUCACAGCAAGCUGCGUCUCAGGUGCGCUCUCUGCACUGCCGCCCGCCCCUCGUGCUGGUCGCCACGCCUGGCCGCCUGCUGAGGCUCUUCCAAGAGGCAGCUUCCGAGAAACAUCCUCCUCUUGGACCACUGAUACCAACCAGAACCGCAGUUGCACCUGAAGGCGUUACAACUGAAACCGCCCUUCCUGAGUCCGGUUCAUCUGGAGGUCAACCCGUUUCAUCUGGAGAUGCGCCCAGUUCAUCUAUAAAAGCUGAGGAAUGGACAGAAUCCGAAUCGGCUGCGGGGAAAACGACAGCACCGGACUUGGCAGGAGGGUCGGAGCUGAAUGUUGGGAUUGACAAUGGGAAAAGGAAAACUCAGGGUCUUGUUCCAAGCUGCCUGCCAAAAGAUUUUCUAGGGCAGGUUCGGCACUGGGUGGUGGAGGAGUGUGACAAGAUGGCCGAGAUGGGGCUGCUGGAGGACCUGAGGAAAGUUUUUUCGCUGCUGCCCAGACCGCAGAGGGCCAAGGCGGGCAAGAAAAAGGAUCUUCGGCCACACAUGCAGGUCAUCCUCGUAUCUGCCACCAUUCUCCCCGAAUCGGAGCUCCUGCUGCGCCGCUUUGCUCCCAGAGGCGACAUGCUGAUCGUUCAACCCUCAUCAUCUGACAAACCGUUGGUGAAGCAGCUGGCCUAUUGUGUGACCCCUCGCAGGAAGACUGCCCUCUUGCUCUAUCUGCUCCGACGGCGAGCAUCCCUAAAGAACCACCAAGUGCUUGUCUUUGUUCGCACGGUGCAUCGAGUCGAAAGGCUGCACCAAACUUUGUGUGAAGGGGGCAUAACAGCAGUGCGGCUGCAUGGGGAAUUGACAGGGCCGGUGAGGAGCCAAUCUCUGGAGAUGUUCAAGCAGGGAAAUGCGCAGGUCCUAGUAUCCACCAACGUGGCAGCACGCGGCGUUGACAUUCCCAACCUCCCCUUUGUGGUGAACUUUGACCCUCCGGGCAGCCCGCAGGAGUACUUGCAUCGCAUCGGCCGGACGGGGCGGGCAGGGGCGUCCGGAACUGCCAUCAGCUUCUUAGAGCCUCUGAAUGAGGAGUCAUCCAUUGGAAAGAGAGCUCUUGCUACGGAAUCGCAACUAGGCGGGCGUGUGCAGGAGGAGUCCUCUCAGAAAGCCGAUAUGCCAGAGUGA